AAAUGUCACUUAUAGAAAUUACGGAAGUUAAAACUGACAUUUACCGUAGGGUGGAAUUAAGGGGUUUUCAUUGCACACAGUUGAUUAUGUUAUACUGCUUUCUUUCUGAGCCAAAGAAAAAGAAGUCGAUCGCAAAAAAAGAAGUUCGUUCUUCAUUUACUCAUGCGAUCCGCUGUUAGUGCAAUUUUGUCAGCUCCGGCUCCAGAGUCAAAUAUGUCUCACCCAGAUUACAGACAAACAGCCCAUGAUCAUGCUGCUUUGUUGAUUAUGGUGAGGCAUCUUGGUUCAAAGCUAAAUCCUAGAAACUUUUCCCGGUUAUAUGAACGCAUCUCAAAGCAAAAUUCUUUUAGAAUUAAGGAUAGCUCAGGAAGUGUGCGUACCAUUUCAACCCGGUUUAUUAAAUCAUAUCCUGUAGAAAACAAUGAAUGGGGAGAUUUCCAAACUCACCGUAGAGUGCUUGGUCUCAUUUGUGUUGGUGAAUGCACUAAUACACAAGAAGUGAGUGAGCUUAGCAAAAUUCACGAAUCCUUGAGAUCUAAAUUCAGUGGGACUUUGUAUGAUUCUUGCUGCCUUUUUUUGGGUUUACAGCAUGAUGGUACACCCUAUGUCACAUCUGCUGUUGAGCAUUCACCAAAAGAAAAGCAACAACCUGUGCUCCCUAAAGAUCAAGAAAAUUCAUCCAUUUCCAGUAAAACCCACAGUAGUCCAACGGAGUCAUAUCAUCCGUCUUGCAGCGAUGCUGAGGGGCCUAGGUCUCCUGGUAUUAGCGACCAUGAUAGUUUUGGUGAAACACCGACCGCUAUGAACAUAAGUAACAUCACAAGCAAAGUAGUAUCUCAUCCGUCUCGCACCCUCUAUUAUCCGAGUUUGGACAAGUGUGUCACUUUAGAAACAGAUUUACAGGAUUUCGUGUCAUCACUCUUUUGGGUGUUGGAAUCUAAAAGGCUCGUCGCUAUUGGCAAUAUCGACAAGGAGAAGCAACCUUUUUUGUGUGCUCCAUUUGAACGAAAAGAUCUUAUCGGAAUGGAUUUAGAAUCUCGAACUCAUCGGAAACGCUGCAUUGGUCGUUGGAGGAAACAAGUUGGAGAUUUAUCUCUUCAGGCAGGACUAAUAGCCGAAGCACUGGAGCAUUACCAAGCGGCGGCGGAUGUCCUUCGACCAGCGAACGAUUGGCUUUGGUUAGCUGGCGCUUUCGAAGGACUUUGUGCCGCCUCCAUCACUCUUCUUUAUCCUCAUCUUCGGCGGCCCACGGCCAUUCAGAGAAAUGGAUCACUAACAGGCGAAGGAUUCAAUGGUCGAAUAAGGUCGAAUUCUUCGGGAGCUGGAGUUCGUUCUCUUCCUCCUGAUAUCGACACCCAUCAGCAUUUUCUGAAGAAUCGUUUGAAAUUCAAACAUGCGUUGGGACCAGACGAAGUUAUUGAAAAGUAUCACGAAGCCGUAGUCCAUUACUCCAAGUACCGUAAUGCUGGUGUAAUUGAAACAGAAGCGUCCAUUAAGGCUGUACACGUUCUUAUUGAACAGAGAAAAUACCUUUCGGCUGCAGAAUUCCUACAAAACGUAGUUUUCAUCAACUUACACCUUUCCGAUGAAGAAAAGAUACAAAGAUUUACUGCCCUGUCUGAGCUUUAUAACCAACUGGGAUUUAAACGUAAAAGCUCUUUUUUUCGCCGCGUGUCUGCGAUGCGUUGUGUUGCUCCUAUGACAACACUUCAACCGAACUGGACACUUUGCUAUCAGCUCCUUUUUGAAUCAAUUGGUGGUUUUAAGCUUUCACUUGAGCCUGGCGUAUUAUCUUACGAGCACGCAAAUGGAUGGCCAGCUUUGCAAGUUCAGAUUUUACAAGAACUAACUGGAACAGCCAGACGCCUGGGCAAUGUUCCAUUGGCUAUUCGCCACGCUUCUUUACUGGUGCACCUUCUACUUAUCCAACAACAACAAGCCGGUGCAGCGGCAAUCCUGUCAAGUCAAGAGCAAGCAGAAAUGGCAAAACAACUUGAACAGCUGUCGCAACGGUCGGAGACGCCACUGCAUCCGGGACCUCUUGCACUUGAAAAUGGCACUAUAAUCCCCCCGGUUUCCUUGACUCUUUUGCCGAAAAUUGUUAGCUUUAAAUUGCAGCCGCCAGGAGCUGUCUUGGCCGCUCAAAGGCUUGUGCCUGAGGAUGAAGUCAACAAUGGUCCCUUUUUGUUUACCCCUAUUCAAUUCGGAUCUUUUAGGAAGCAACCAACAAGAAAAACACAAGUUGAAAUGGAUUUCCAAUGGGUGGAAGGCGACCGAUGUGAAGUCAUAAUGCAAGUCAUUAAUCCUUCUGCUUAUGAACUGCGCGUUUCCAACAUGCAGUUGUUGACAGAAGACGUUGAAUUUGAACCGGAAACUACGAACGUUAUUCUUCCUCCGGCUCUUGACCCAAAAACAGCCACACCUACACCUAUAACCCUCAGUGGCAUACCACGUAAACCUGGACUUCUUAAAAUUGUGGGUUACUCGAUGACCGUACUAGGUUUAAAGAACCACUGCAAAUUGAAAAGUGCAAUGCCCUUCAUGGGCAGUUCUUUUUUUUCAAUUCAUGUGGUCCCGGUUUUACCCCGUUUAUCUGUUCAGAUUGCCUCGCCGAAUCAUAAUUUAAUCACCACCUCAGAAUCUCAGUCCGUAUCAGCAGCUAGCUCAGUACAACUUUACGCGGGACAAAGUACUGAGUGUAAUUUGUCGUUGGUCAAUACGGGCGAUGCUUCGGUGGAAUCUUUUGAUUUGGAAUUAGUCCAUGCCAACCGAUUAUCAUCUAAUCAAGUUUUCAGCGUCAGCAUAGAUAAUCUGAAAGCACAGCUUCCAUGGCAACCUGGUACGGCCGUGAGUGUUACCGUCUAUGUUCAGGGUGCCAGUGAUUUUCUCAUGCCAGCCAUGAACGAUUGUCUCACAAAUCUCCACUCGGCUGACGAUUCUGCAAGUCUUCCAAGCUUGUCUGGUCCACCAUCAAUAUUUUCGCGACUGAGCAGUCAUACUGGAGUUACUGGUUCACCACGUAACAAAGCCAAGCGAGCCGAAUCUCUUGUAUCAGUCCGCUCCGGAGCAUCUAGUGUCAGAUCCGGAGGAAGCAGCAAUCUUCGUGCAGCUGAAUGUCACAGCAACAGUCACAUUGCUCCUCGCACGGUUGCAGCUCUGCUUAAGCUGCAAUAUUCUGGAGGUCUAGGAUACACAGCAGGGUUUUGUAGGUCCACUAGUGUUGCUUUGACUGUCGAAAUAUUACCGUCAGUCAUAAUUACCAAGUGGGACGUACUACCUGCAGAAACCCCUUCGCACUGUUAUCUUGUGCUCGACAUACUAAAUGCAACUCAGUAUGAAAUGGAACUCCAGUACAGCAGCUGCAAACACAUUGCUAUUGAAGCCCAAGACACGUGCCGUAUCCCUGUGCCGGUGGAACGAUGCCCAUUGGUCAAAUUAGCACACGUUUAUACUGAAAGUGAUCUGAAUCCGGAGCAGCAGCUUGAAAAAAUUGCCAAGAUUUGCUGCGAACAUAUAUCUUCUUUGGUCGAACUGAAAUGGAGCAUUUCGGGUGUCAACCAAAGUUCUUGUACUUCCACAGCUGAUGGCACGGAAUAUAAUUCCCCUAGGCCAAUAAAAGGCAAAGCCUCAUUGAGUAGCCUGCGCAUAGCGCCUUCAAUGUUGGACCUUCUUCACAUCCCUCCUAUCCAAUUGGAGAUUGAAUUAAAUCAAGAAACGUGGUCGGCUGAGCGAGCCGAAUUUGUCUGUUCAGUGGGCGAUGUAUUGGACAUCACUGUCAAUUUAUUUAACGCGUUAAGCAAAUUUUUGGGACCCCUGAACCUGCAGAUAGCGGUAUACCAAGACCUACAAAAUGGUACAUUUCACCGGCGAUUAGAUACACGCCUCCUAACUAUUGGGUCAGACCGUGCUGUUGUCGGAAAGAUGGAUCCAAAUAGUAGCUACAAACAUAAUUGUGGCAUAAUAUUUUUUACACCUGGAAAUUACAAACUAGAUGUGGUUUGUUCACUCCAAAUUUCAACGCAACAUAGAGAGUCGAAAUUCAAUAUGUCAUAUGAUCCAACUCACGAACAACAUAUUUGGAAAUUUGUCCCAUCCGUUGAAAUCAUCGUUUCUGAACCGUGACCUUUGAAGAGUAAGUUCACAUUGAAGUUGUAAUUGGAACUUAUUAGCUUUCCAAUUGUAUAAAUGAGUAAAUAUCAUCUGACUUGGUUGUAAA